GCGGUCUGGAGGAAGGAAGGCGUUUGAGAUCCAACUACGGAAGCUCGGCUGCGCGGAGGCCUUUAGCGGGCUCCUGAGGUUACAUAGAGCAUUGUGUCUUCUCCAAAAGUGGAAAAGUUUGCAUGACUAUAUUUUGGGGAACAGUGUUACUUACAUAGUGACAGUAGAUAGUAGUUUUGUAAGUUUUGUAAAAACUAGCUUGUUAAAAUGGGUCGCCAUUCAUCAGACACUGAAGAAGAGACUAAAAGCAGAAGAAAAAAGAAACAUCGGAGAAGGUCAUCUUCCAGCAGUUCCUCUGAUAGUAGAAGUUACAGCCAUAAAAAAUCAGGAAGAAAAUCAAGAUCACGGUCUCGAGAUGUCCAGUUUCGUUCACACUCAUAUGAAAAAAGUGAGUUUUCUGCUGAUAUCUAUUUGAGGCGACGGCAUCGAUCAAGCAGCAGUUCUUCAUAUGGGUCCAAAAGAAAACGGAGUCAUAGCCGAUCAAGAGCACAAGGAAAGUCAUAUCGGUCUCAGAGAUCAAGAUCAAAAAGCAGAUCAAGAAGAUCACAUUCCAGACCCCAACAACGAUCAUACAGUCGCAGCAGUGAAAGAACUAGUCGCAGGAGAACCCGUAGUGGGUCUCGUGAGAAAGAAAGACGUAAAGGCAGAGAUAAAGAGAAAGCAAGGGAGAAGGAAAGAUCCAGAGGAAAAGAGAAAGAGCAGCAUUACAGCAAAAGUGGAGAUGCUGGAAACUUCAAAACUGGAUUAGAACAUCUGUCUGCUGCUGAGCAAGCCAAAGCUAGAUUACAAUUGGUCCUUGAAGCUGCUGCUAAAGCUGAUGAAGCAUUGAAAGCAAAAGAGAGAAGCGAAGAAGAAGCGAAGAAGAAAAAAGAAGAUGAAGCCAGUCUUGUUGAGCAAGUAAAACGAGUCAAAGAAAUUGAAGCAAUUGAAAGUGACUCUUUUAUUCCACAGACAUUCAGAUCGAGCAAAGAAGUCAAAAAGGUCACAGAAUCUGCUGAUAUCAAAAGUGAACCGGGAAUUACAGAAGUGACAAACGUUGGUGUUGCUGUUACUGAAAAAGAAAUAAAGCCUGGAAUUAUUCCUACUACUAUCAAAUACCAAGAUGAAAACUCACUUGCCCAUCCCAAUUUAUUUAUUGACAAGGCAGAAGCAGAAGAAAGAUGGUUCCAAAGGCUGAUGUCUCUUCGACAAGAGAGGCUAAUGGGCAGUCCUGUGGCUUGAGUGAAUUAAAAAGCCAACAUACUUUCAUUAAGUUCUGUUGCAUAAAAUUUCAUACACAAUUGAAUGAGUAUAUAAAUAUCAUAUAAAGUGAAGGUGGGAUGAAGAGAAGUAUGAGAGGAAGUAUAUUUCUGGAAUCAGCCAACAGAUUUAUAUCAUAUUAAAGGCAUUAAGUGAAAGAAUAAUGACUAUUACUUUGCAAAACAAUUAUUUGCAGAAAUAUUUUGUGGAGUUCAUUUUCUUAGUGUAUUCCUGUUGUAGUUGAGAUUCAAACUGCUCUGCAUUUAUUUCAUACCUGAUGGGGCA